GUGUUUCAUGGUAACGCGAAGCGGAAACGAUCGAGUCUCUUCGGCCUCGCUCGGCUUUUUCCGGUGACUCGUUGACGGGACUUGUGGAAAAACAAAGCGCGACGCGGCUUUUUCUCUCCGCUCGGGCCUUGGCAUUGUUUCGAAGAAAACAUAGUCGUCGUUUGGUUUUUCCCUUCAAAUGAAGUGAGCUCAUUCCCGACCGACUCCCGAGUCCUUCCUCGGCGUUCCCCGUGGCUCUUCGGUUAAUUUCGGCUCUCGUCGUGUCUUUCGCCGGAGGAAUGGACGAAGCGGAGUCGGCGACGAAGGCGCUCGGGUUGCACGAACCCCGUAGGCGGGCGGGCUCGGAUACCGAGUCGGACGCCGAAGUCUCCACGAUGGCCGUCAUGGCGGCGCCGGAAAACAUCGACGACGCCGAGUCGGCUUUCGCAGAGGUCUCCACGGUGGCGGUGGAAGACGUUCAGGCUGCAGACGACAACGUUUUCACCACCCCGGUGGAUGCGGUGGAAAACCUUCCGGAACACGUGUUGAGUGGAAGAAGCCCCCUGGAGCUGGCUGAGGGUCUGAGCGGCCAGAAGACCACCCUCAUCGUGGUCCACACCGACACGACAGUUGGACAGCAAGACCGACUCAAGUCUGCGUCUGCCAUCUCGACUGGCCUGGCGACUCCGCCCACCCCGCCGGCUCCUCCCCAGGACAAAGACCCCGCCUCCAAGUACAACUGGGACCCGUCGGUAUACAACAACGAGCUGCCGGUGCGAUGCCGCAACAGCAGCGGCGUCCUCUACAAAAGCCGCCUGGGCUCCGGCGGGAAAGGGCGCUGCAUCAAACACGAUCAGCGGUGGUUGACGCCCACCGAGUUUGAGGCUCUGGCGGGUCGCGCCAGCAGCAAAGACUGGAAGAGGAGCAUCCGCUACGGAGGGAGGCCUCUGCUCUGCCUCAUACAGGACCGCAUCCUCAACCCCCACGCCGCCUCGUGUACGUGCGCGGCCUGCUGCGACGACAUGGCCCUGGAUGGAGACGCCCUGGAAGCCGAGAAUAUCGCAAUGAACGGCCCAGUGCGGCUCUUCGUCCCGUACAAGCGAAGGCGGAAGGAGACCGAAGCGCCGGCCGUUCCCGCCAAAAAGGAAGUCCCUGCCAACAAAAAUAUCACACUGAGCCCAGGGACCACAUUCACGGUGUCGCCGAUGGGUCAGAUCACCCCGUCGGGGACGUUGUCUUUCGAGCGCUCGCCCAGCAGCGACACGGCCGCCGCCGCCGCCAUCAUCUCGGACGCCUCGGCGCAGAGCGAAGUCUACGCGGACACGGCAGUGUUGACGGCCUUACCGGCAUUGGCGCUGUGCCCCCAAGCCAAGAUGGCGGUGGCGUCCCCUUCGCCGUCGCUGGUGGGUGCUCUGGAGGUGGGGCCUGUGGCGGGGGCUACCUUGGCAGUGGGGCCGCCUCUCUUGAGCGGUGCCCCCGCCGACGCCUGGCAGGGCCUGGAGGAGAUGGCCAACACCCUCAUGAACAACGCGCAGCAGCUCAAAGCCUUGAUCGAGCAGGCCAAAAGGGACAGUAAAGGACACAAGGAGUGUGCCGUCAGUCAGUCCUUCCAGAACCAGAUAACAUUCCAGACGCCGCCGGACGACUCGCAAGCCAAACGGAGCAACGACAUCGCUGAGGUCAUCCUCAAUCAACUGUGCGAGAACUGCGGCCGCGUGGCCCUCAGCGAGUGCACGGCCUGCCGCAAAGUCAACUACUGCUCCACUUUCUGCCAGAGGAAGGACUGGAGAGAUCAUCAGAACAACUGCUUCCAAUCGGCAGGAGGCGGGGCCGCCCCGGAGGACCAGCCAAUGGCGGCCCUCGGCGUGGACAAAGUCAAGUGAGAGGGCGUGGCCGGACCCGCCCCCGCUUGAAUCCUUCCUCACCGUGGCGGGACAAUGUGUGUAGACACACACACACGUCUUCUUGCCAAAGUGACUUUAUUGGAGGUCAAAGAUGUAAAAUAUUUUUUGUUUGUUGUUGUUGUCGUCAUCGUUUGGUGCCAAGUAUGAGUUGAGUCACUCAAACUCGGUUGAAGUUGUCGAUUUGAGUUGUUGUCCACGAACUCAAAAUUCAUUUGACCUCUUCAAGGUCAAUCAUUUCAUUGUGUGACGUGUUUUGAUACUCAGUUCGUAGUUCAUAUUUUAAAAAUGCAGUUCUUGGACCAUGAAAUCAAUUCAUGUUUUAAUUGAUUCUUAUUGGAACUCUUUUUUUGUCGUUUUUUGGGCCAAAAAAAAAAGAUAAAUUAAAUCAGAAGUCGAGCUAAAUAAGUAGAGAUGCUCUGAAAUAAUGCGUAAAAAGUCAAAUUCUCAAAAUA